CUCUCCCUAAUUGAAGCCGAGGCCUGAGGUCGAGGAGCCGGCCGCGUUGGAGAGGCCUGGGCGCCGGCAAGAGUCUUAGGGGCCCGGCCUCUUUCUGCCACCCAGCGCUGGGCCCUGAGUGGCCGCGAACGGGGCCAGGACCUCCGUACGGCGGCGACGACCGGGGCUAACCCGGGAAACCGGUCGGGUGUGGUAGGGAUGGGGAGGCCUCUUGAGGAAGCCUCAGCGGUUCCCUGCGGAGCGCGUUUGGGGGUGUGAGGCUCCGGCGCUGCUGGGGUCCGCUCCGUUUGUUUGCCGUUUCUCUGGAGCUUGUGUUUGAAUUUCGAGGUCUGGUUGUGGCGGGCUUUGAGGUGUUGGGUGCCUGGCUUACUCUAGCCCCUUUGGAGCCCUUCCAAAUUCCAGGCUGUGGUUUGGACGGGAAUUGUAAGACAGAGAAGGGUCCUCGGAAACCCCGCGUGUUGUCUUUACAAACCGAGAAAGGAUUCUUGUAUCUUAUUUUCCGGAAAAGAAUGAGCCAGAUUGGGUGAAAGGCACGCUCCUUAGAAUGCCUAAACGGGCUAGUGUUUCCGCCGUUUUCUUUAAUGAAGACGCUGCAUCGGCAAUAUUUUAAGUGACCCGGUGAAACAUUUUUGCUCUGGAGAAGAGCUUCUGAACACACUUAACCAAUUAAUAGUUCAUGUAGAGAGUAUUAUCUAGGUAGUUAGUCCAAAAGUCAUUUAUAUUUUGUUUUGGAAGUCUGCUUUACGGUUUAGAAAUAUUUUCUUCUUAAAUAUCGAUUUUUCCAGCAGAUUAGUGCUUUUUAAAACUUUUUCCCGGCGAAGAUGUAACCACCUUGUUAAUUGAACCAAAUACAGUGUCUUCCCUGUUACAGGAGUUUAAAGAAGAUUAGAAAUUCUCCUUUUUCCUUUUGCCUUAGCUGUUGUCCGAUAAAUUCCACACAGAAACAAAAACAAGUUUAUAAUCUGCGGAAUCCAUUCCCUUGAAGCUUGGAUUUGACUCACAGCUUUCCUCAGAACUAAGAGUAAAGAUGUCAGAGGAUCUAGCAAAGCAGCUGGCAAGCUACAAAGCUCAACUCCAGCAAGUCGAAGCUGCGUUGUCCGGAAACGGAGAAAAUGAAGAUUUGCUAAAAUUAAAGAAAGAUUUACAAGAAGUUAUAGAACUAACCAAAGACCUUCUGUCAACUCAACCUUCUGAAACUCUUGCAAGUUCAGACAGUUUUGCUUCUACUCAGCCCACUCAUUCAUGGAAAGUAGGAGACAAGUGUAUGGCAAUCUGGAGUGAAGAUGGACAGUGUUACGAAGCGGAGAUCGAGGAGAUAGAUGAAGAAAACGGCACUGCUGCAAUCACCUUUGCUGGCUACGGCAAUGCUGAAGUGACCCCAUUGUUGAACCUCAAGCCUGUAGAAGAAGGAAGGAAGGCAAAGGAGGACAGUGGCAACAAACCCAUGUCAAAAAAAGAAAUGAUUGCCCAGCAGCGUGAAUAUAAAAAGAAGAAAGCUUUGAAAAAAGCACAGAGAAUAAAAGAACUUGAGCAGGAAAGAGAGGACCAGAAGGUUAAAUGGCAACAGUUCAACAACAGAGCCUAUUCUAAAAACAAAAAAGGCCAGGUAAAAAGGAGUAUUUUCGCUUCACCUGAGAGUGUAACCGGAAAAGUUGGAGUAGGAACUUGCGGAAUUGCUGAUAAACCUAUGACACAGUAUCAAGAUACCUCUAAAUACAACGUCAGGCAUUUGAUGCCACAAUAGUCAGAAAAACUGUGGGAUUUCAUCUCUGCAGGGCUUACAUUUACCUUUUUAUCCUUAUAUUUUUCUAAAGGUAAAUUAUUUGUUAGAUGAGUAAGGAAGAUACCAUUGUCGUCCUUGUUUGACUUCAAUAGAAUGAAACUUGAAGAAAUUGCAUUUGAUAACUGCUCUUCACUUCUCGUUACUACUACCAGUUUCCUCCAAGUUUGUUGAAUAAAGCAACUUUUCUAGAUAGAUGCUGCAUAAAUACAGCACUUAGAUGAAUUGUUGAUUCUCCAAAUAUCAGGCCCUUACGUAAUGGAUGGUGUGUACUUUUUGUAAAGUCCUAACCUGGAAUUUUCCGAUGCUUUGAACUUGCCACACACUGUAGUAAUUCACUGCAACAGCAAGCAAAAUACCAACCUAAAGAGAUCUUUUUUUUUUCCUUCAACUUGAACCGAGCUGUUGCUAAUGAAGCCUAAAAGUAGGUUAAUUUGAUUAAAAUGUCAAACUUUGAGUUUUUUUCUUCAAUAAUUUGUUUCCUAAGCUUAUUAGGCGAUCUCUAAAAUUGAUCCAGCUCUUAAAACUUUUUCAUUGAGUUGUAAUUUCAUGUAAGAACCAUGUUUAGGACCAGCUUCCUUUUCUAAGGGCUUUUUGUUGUUUUCUGUUUUUGUUUUUGGUUUCUUUUUCCUCCUCCUCCUCCUCCUCCUCCUUUUUUUUUUUAAUGUUUGCGCUUUUCCUGUGUUGAUCUUUCCCUUAUGGUAGUAGUACCAAUUUUUGGAUGUGUAAUGUUUAUAUAAGAAAACAAAAAGCUGAUGUAUAGCCCUGUAUACAGUGUAGAUACUAUUUUUGUAAAAAAAAAAAAACCCACCCAAGGCUAAAUUAAUGAACAAGAGUACUGAAUGUUUCAUCAUUAAAAGUUUAUUGUAUUUCUUGUGCAUUAAUCUCACCAGAAUUUCCCUGUAUAUUAUGUUCAUGUAGAGGAGUUUGUAAUUUUUGUUAACUAGAUCAAGUUGUCAGCAUUUGUUGGUAUAAGUGAACAUCACAGUAUCCUGAGUUGAGUUUAAGCCAAAUAUAUGCAUAGUAAAAUGUCUUCCUAUUAAUGGAAGAUGGUGAUUUUUAGGGUAUGUGUUAAUUUCAGUUUUUGUAUGUUUAACUUUUAUUAAAUAAAGUGUUUUUUAAAAUCUC